AUGGGUCUUCCAACAAAACGAUCAACUCCACAGCCAUAUGAAGACUACAGCCAAGUCCUCAAUUUUGUGAUAUGGGUACUCGCAGGCCACGCUACAAUUUUCAUCUUCCUCCGUCUCUGGGGGAAGUACUAUCGUGGCCGACGUCUCUGGUGGGACGACUACCUGCUCAUUUUCUCCUGGCUCGCUCUCAUGCUAGGCUGCAUUUUCCAGACCGUCGACACAACAUUGGGGUUUGGUCGAUCUCAGCAUUCCAUCCCCCUUGAGAACAUCGAGAACAGCAGGCUCUUGGCUACGAUAGCUGGAUUCUUCCUCAUUCUGGCCGCAGCGUGGUCCAAGACGUCCUUUGGGCUCACUUUGGUCAGAUUAACGAGAACAGACGGAUUUCUCAAGAGGCUGGUGCGGUUUGCGAUAUGGACAACCAACAUUUUUAUAGCCGGGAGCUGUAUCAUACAGUGGGCACACUGUUGGCCUCUGGAUCGGAUCUGGAGACAGGAGGUGCCAGGGGGGAAAUGCCUGCCACUGGGCCUUAUGAAUGGUUAUAAUAUGUUUGUUGCCGCCUACUCCGGUGCAGUCGAUGUCAUGCUCGCCUUAUUGCCAUGCAAAAUCUUUUGGCCCUUGAUGAUGAGGAGGAAGGAGAAGAUCGGGAUCACUAUCGCGAUGGGAAUGGGGGUUUUGUGA